AUGACAAAGAAAAGAAAUAAGAAAUCAUCUAAAUCAAAUGCUAAUAAAGAAACCACUACUCAAACUCAAGAUGAUGCUCAGAAAUUGAAUGAUCCCAUUUCGACUGCGGCUAAUACAAGUUACGACAAUAAAAUGAACGAUACAAGUUACGACAAUAAAAUGGACGAUACAAGUUACGACAAUAAAAUGGACGAUACAAGUCUCAUGAAAGUCAAUUUUGUUGUUGAAAGUAAGGGGAAACCCGAUAUUGAAGAUAAACCUAUUCAACAACUUUUAGAGAAUACCGAUGUAUCAUCUCCGAUUAGCAAUGAAACAAUCUCGGAUGUUACUCGAAACGAUACAAUUGUCGUUAAAGAUUUGGACAGCUCACAAUCCGAUCAAGUAUCCAAUCAUGAUACGAUCGAUGUUCCUACAAGUGACUGCAAUGAUGAAAUGAAUUCUUAUAUGCCAGUCCCAGUAAAGAUAACCGAUAAAAUUGAAAUUCCAUCAUUGGAUUCCCGCGAGAAGAAAGAAAAUUUAUCGGAUUCAAUUUCGACAACAAACUUUAUCCAAAAUGAAACCACAGAAAACGACACGACUACGCCAUCAAAUAUAUCGCAUAAUAAAAUAGAUGUUCAAUUCGCCGUAAAUGGAAUGUCAGUACACACAGAUUCCGUUUACGAAACUACAUUGAAUCAAUCAGAACAAUCGGAACACAAUGAUGAUUUGAAUCUAGGAUUUCGUUCACUUCCAUAUUUCGAUGAAUAUCCUUUAUUUUUCGAAAACAGUCCAAAAGCGAAUCCAAAUAAUCGAGUUGAAGCAGAUAAUAUGCGAAAAAUUGAUAAAAAACACAAACAAGCUCAAAAAACUAAAAGAAUUGAUAAGAAAAAACAAAAAAUCACCAAUAUUCCGAGUAAAUCUUCUACUUUGACAACCAUUACGCUCACUACUCAAACAUCUGUCAUUCCAACCGGAUUAGAAGUUAUUUCUCCAAAUAUGCUAUCAACUCGUCCAUUUUUACUUUAUAACGUGGCUUACUAUUUUGAUAACCUAGUAGAAAGAAUAAGUGCUACAUUGGAAAGACAUAUUGAUCGCACGGUUGGUUUACCAAUUGGUAGAUGGGUUUUGUAUUGGUUUACUUUCGUAAGUUGGUAUGGAAUCCAACAAUAG